AUGACCUCAACCAUUGCUAAAAGACAAAAGCAAGCAGAUAAAAUCCAGAGCACCAUUGAUGGUCUGGAAUCGGAGGUUGAUAUUAUUGGUAAAAGAUGUAAACAUUAUGGUGGUGAGGAUUGUGAUAUUGCUUGUGCAGAGGGACGGAGAGGAUAUGAUUGCUUAGCUCCAGUGUGUGAUUCCAAAUGUUCAAUAUGUGAAUCGCCAGGUAAUUGUUCUCAAUGUUCAACAAAUCAUGAUGGUGCCACCUGUUCUUUGUGUAAGACAGGAUGGACUGGUGCUACUUGUUCAACCCCAGUAUGUGAUUCCAAAUGUACAACAUGUGGAUCUCCUUCUGUUUGCUCAGUUUGUUCUGGUAAUUAUGAUGGGACAACUUGUUCAAUAUGUAAAACUGGAUGGUCUGGCAUCACAUGUUCAACACCGGUUUGUGAUUCCAAAUGUACAACCUGUGCAUCUCCUGGUGUUUGCUCAGUUUGUUCUGGUAAUUGGCAAGGAUCUACAUGUUCCACAUGUAAGACAGGAUGGACAGGAGCAACUUGUUCAACACCAAUUUGUGAUUCCAAAUGUACAACAUGUGCAUCUCCUGGUCAGUGUUCUGUGUGUUCUGCUGGUUGGACAGGAGCAACUUGUUCAACACCAGUUUGUGAUUCUAAAUGUACAACAUGUACAUCUCCUGGUCAGUGUUCUGUGUGUUCUUCUGGUUGGACAGGAGCAACUUGUUCAACACCAGUAUGUGAUUCCAAAUGUACAACAUGUACAUCUCCUGGUGUUUGCUCAGUUUGUUCUGGUAACUGGGAUGGUCCUUCAUGUUCUGUGUGUAAAACUAGUUGGACAGGUUCAUCUUGCAAUCUCGCUCUUGGUGAUUUUGCAAACUCACCAUUAUUCUCCGCUAGUUAUGGAGCUAGGUUGAUCACAUCUAUUUUGAGUGGCGUUAUGAAGAAAACACCAACCAGACUCUAUAGAGCCAUGGGAAAUGGCUAUCAUCCUUACGCGUUCCAUAAUGCCUGCAAUGGUUAUUCUUCAACAGUUACAAUUGUGAAAACAUCAGCAGGAGCCGUAUUUGGUGCCUAUCUAAGCAUUCCAUGGGAAGAUUAUAAUGCUGGGGAUAUAAGAAUUCUCAAGACAUUUUCAGAUCCUAAUGCAUUUCUAUUUAGUAUGGUAACAUCGAGCGGUGUGGAGAGAUUUGUGAAAUUGGGUUAUUCUGGAGCUGUUGGACAAACUGUUACAUACAAUUUUAUAACACAUCCAUUGUUUGGAGCGUCGGAUAUUUAUUUGGGACAAGGGAUGAGCUUUCAGCCAGCACCUGAUGCUUAUUCGAAACCAGCAACUUUUCAACCUUUGGAACCUAACUGGAGUUAUGGAACUACAUAUUCAUUCACUGUUUCUGAUUAUGAAGUGUAUAGUGUUUAA